AUCGAGGGCUAUUUCGAGCAGCUCGCACUCGCGCACUGUAGACUCAACUUCACAUCUGCUACCGGCACCGCACGCGCACACGCACACGCACACGCACACGCACACACACACACACGCAUACAUACAGACGCUAUACACCAUCUCUCUCUAUAUAGCUGUGUAGUGAGGUAGCCUGCCGCUCCAGUUGAAGGAGUGAGAGAGAGAGAGAAAGACGUAGUGUGAGGACACGCCGCUGCUAGUACUGCGCGUCCACGACUGAAACAUUCCCCUCCGCGCUGAAACAUGCCCGGAAGUGCUGGAGUCACAUCUGAGGCGGAUAGGUUGCCGGAAGCAGAAAGCAACAUGGCGGAAGACCAGCAGGCGACUGGUCAGCAGGAGCAUCACGUGAACGGAUCGGUGGAUAGCCUAUCACCGGACGCGUUCACUGCUAAGCCCCGCCCCGCGUCGUCAAGGGAACGCCCACCGCCGCACACCAACGACCCGUUCGAAAUGAAAUUCAGCAAAGGACGCGGUGCUAAGGAACCGGGAGUGUCAGAUGCGCCCGCUAAGCGGCGUGCACGGCUGGAUCGUACCGACACUGCGCCUGCUGACUACGGAGACGGGCGUCGCCGUGGCAACGUUGACAUGAAGUUCAGCAGACGGGCGGCGCGUGGCGGCGGCGGAGGCGGCAGCGACUUCCAGGAAGUGUCCGAGGACGACCCAGGUAACCGGAAGACCGCAUCUUAA